AUGGACGAUAGUUGGGUUAUACGACCUUCUUCCAGGACCUUGUUUGGUCAUAGUUGGAAAAGUGAAGACGAAGAGUGGGAGUUCGAAGAUGGAGAAAGAAAGUAUAUGGCCACUCAACGUGAUCUGAUACAUGAUAUCAUACAAGUUGCGCCUUAUCCAUUCAUAACUGAAGCCGAAAGGGCCCGUACCUCAACCAGGAAGGUCUAUUUUCUGCAAAGAGUGACGUUGGAGGAAACAAGACCUAUACAAGUGAACGAAGAUCGCCCGUUUCGAAUGUGGUAUCCAGCAACGACUCCAACAAAGAUCUCAAAAGCACUCUCACCUUUCCCAGCAUUGACACCAUCACUGAUCUCAAAAAGUCGCGCAGUCGCAGACAGCAUAAAUUGGAGUAUCGUGUUACCUGAAACAGACACAGUAGAUGAAGUUAAGAUGAGAGAAUCAAGAUUGAGGACCGAUAUUCGCUUCGGGACCAGCCGUACGACGUCGUCUUUAUGA